UGGUUAAAUUUAGUGACGUCAGCUUUGACAACACUAUAGUGUAGGAGUGCAUUUCUGGUUCGGGAGAUCCCGGCAUAUUCUUGAUUUUUCCUUGUCAUACCGGACGAUUUCCGAGUAUAAAUCAGAUAUCAGGGUUGGGGUUAUUGUUUAAUUAAAAUGUCUACUCCGGCAAGGAGGCGUUUAAUGAGAGAUUUCAGAAAACUACAAGAAGACCCCCCAGCUGGCGUGAGCGGUGCACCCUCAGAAAAUAAUAUUAUGAUAUGGAAUGCUGUUAUAUUUGGGCCAGCAGACACACCUUUUGAAGAUGGUACUUUCAAGUUGAUGAUUGAAUUCACAGAAGAAUACCCAAACAAACCUCCAAAUGUCAGAUUUAUUUCUAAGAUGUUUCAUCCUAAUGUAUAUGCAGAUGGUGGUAUUUGUCUUGAUAUUCUCCAAAAUCGUUGGAGUCCGACCUACGACGUGUCUGCAAUAUUAACUUCAAUACAGUCAUUACUUGACGAGCCCAACCCCAAUAGUCCCGCCAACAGCCAGGCGGCCCAACUUUACCAAGAGAACCGACGGGAGUACGAGAAGAAAGUCGCUGCCAUAUGUGAACAAAGCUGGCAGAAUCUUUGACCCGGUAAUCCUCCACGAUCAUCUCCAUCAACCCCCCUCGUAAUGAAGCACCAGUUAUUAGUCUGGUCCCUCAUCUAGUCCCUAGACUCCCCCAAACAUUUGUCACAUCUUCCUCCUUAUGUAAGUAGAUGUAAACAAGACAUUUUUCAUAAGAAAGCAGAAAAACCACAAAUUGUUACUUUGUGUGGAGACGAAUUCUGCAAAGAGGUUUUUGUGAUGAAAACGGUCACUGGUUGAGGCUAGGAGUAUUUUGACUGAACCAAAAAUGUAGCGGGUUUAAGGUGCGAAAAAAAGAAGUAAAAAUUAAUGCUUUACAAAGUUUUUGACUAAUUUUCGUUUUUUUUUUUAUUUCUUUUUGUUGCUGGGUACAAAUGUUUUAUUAUGUAAUAUAAAGAAAUUAUGUCAUCUCUUGCACACUGUGGAAGUGUAAGAUUCCAAAUAAUUAGUGUGUAUUCGAUUGCUCGCGUAAUAUACCUGGGAUAAGUUUCCAAGCGUAUAAAUGAACCUCAAGUAAGAUGUAAAUUCCGUGUUUUCCCAACUUAAAUGAAGGAAUCAAAGUUUUGUGUUGCAAUUUAUUAUGCUUUGUAACACCACAUGACGAAACAUCACAUUCAAGAAAGCUGCAGAACUUUUGUUGUUCGAACAAGAGCAUUGUGAUACUUUGUAGAAGAUACAUUUGGGGAUGUUCUGUGUCCAAUUUGAUGAUCACUAGCAUCAAACCUCACAUGUACUUAA